AUGGGCUCCUCAUCGGGGAUCGCCGGCCUCAAAUGCCUACAAUGGGUGUUCCGCGGCAUUCAAUUUGUCUGUUCGGUCGUGAUGCUGGGCAUCUACUCCUACUACCUAGCCACGAUGAUGAAAGGAAAUAUGACCGUGCCGACGUACGUGAAGGCCGUGGAAGGGAUUACGGCCGUCGGAACAGUGUACACGCUUGUUGGGCUGCUGCUAGUCUGCUGCUGUGCCGGCCACGCGGGGACCUCGUUCAUCGCCCUGGUCCUUGAUGUCGGUCUUAGUGGCGCCUACAUCUACGUCGCCGUUGCCAACCGCGACGGCGCCAGCUCGUGUAACAGCGGCACGGUCAACACCGUCUAUGGCUCCGGAGAUACGGCGGCUUCUCCCAGCGGUGCUGGCGGCAACAUCAUCGGCGACGUGGGGCUGCCGACAUUCCAGAUGGCCUGCCGCCUACAAACGGUGUGCUUGAUCGCUUCGUGUAUUGCUAUCCUCUUUUUCAUCCUCUCCGUAUUCCUGGAGAUUCAUAUGAAUCGCAGCCGCCAUAGGGCACAGAGGCCCAUCCGCGAUGCUGACGGCGAGUAUAUCAACAAGUCAGACCAUUACGGGGCGCCCCCUCAGCGUCGAGAGGGCAAAAGGGGCAUCCUCGGUGCGUUCCGACGCCGCGGAACCGCCGGCCCGCCCAUGGAUCCUGACAUGCUACCCGUCCACCAGCAGCCUGGCGACAUGCAAACGCGGCAGGUUGCAACGUGGGGCGAGGUGUCGUCGCUGCAUGAUAGCGAUCGGCUGUACUUCAACGACGGUGAAGACCGCGACGAACACGGGCCUCCGGUACAGAUCAAACCGACAACAGCGCCACAGCCAGCUGCCGACACAUACGCUGAAGGUGAUGUUGGGCAUAUGGACUACGAUCUGUACCAACCGCCACCGAACGGCAAGGACUUGAGCAACGAUCCUCGUGAGAUUGGACGACGGCACGAGACGCGAGCCUCGCGAGUUGAGAGAUUGGUGGAGAGCUGA